GCCCCUCUGAGCCUCAGUGUCCUCAGCUGUAAAUGAGACUGCCUCCCACCCCCAGGGCUUCUGGGAGGGUAAAAUGAGCCGACAGGUGUCAGGUGCCCUAGUAGGUGCUCCGUGAACAUCAGUUCCCCCGAGCCCUAUCCCACCUACUGGAGACCCCGGUUCUUCCGGCCACACAGUCAGGCUUUCCGGGAACCCACCCCUGCUUGUGUCAGGGACGGGGAGAGUCUGGUUCUCCGGACUCUGUCGGGUCAGAGGAGGCCCUGUGCCCCAGGCCUGGGUUCCUGACCUGACUCCGGCAGGUUCUACUGCAGUGACAUUAGACAAGUCACUUCCCUCUGCCGCUGCUGUGAACCUGCUCAGCCCUGCCCUGCUCACCUCCGAGGUGGCCCUGAGGACCUGCUGUGAGCCUCAGGGGUUAGUUCUAAACCCACCCUGAUAGACCCUGAAGCUUCGAGUGUCUCUCAGUGAUUCAUGCUGAGUGGAAGCGCCAGGGCCAACCGGCAAGGAGAAAGAAGUUCGGGGUGCUCCCCACUUAAGACCCACGGGUUCUGGUCCUCUCCAAGACCCGGGUCUUCAGUCCUUCCUCCCUAGGUCCCAUCUCUGCUGCUAGCAGAACGGUUGAGGCCCAGAGCACAGCUCAGGUGACCUAACUGGGCGGAGCAGGGAGGACAGGGGCAGGGGCGCCUCCUGUGAGGAGGGACCGAACCCUGAACCCAACGUAGGCUGCCCCUUCCCGCCGCCGUUGCCGGGCUCCGCACCUGCGCCCCGCCCCCAACGUGUUUCGGGGGGCGGGGACGAGGCGGACCGAACCUGUGGAGACACGAAGGGAGGGGCGGUGGCCACUGCUUGCGGGCUCCUCAGGUCGGGCUGGACGGGUGUCUGGCCCUUUAAGGUCCGCCCUCGAGGAGGUGCCAGGCCCUGGUGGCUCCGGACUCUCCUUCCUGGUCCUGCGGGGCAGGGACUGUCCGUGGGGCUGCGGGAGGGUGCUGUGCCCCUGCCGGCCCAGGUGCUCCCGGUCUGGUCCCAUGGCCCUGGUCACAGUAAGCCGCUCGCCUCCGGCCGGCGGCCACUCCACGCCUGUGGGGCCCACGCAGGACCAGGUGUCCCAGCGCAGAAGCCGGCUCCAGCGAAGGCAGAGCUUUGCAGUACUCGGCGGGGCUGUCCUGGGACUGCAGGAUGGAGGCGAUGAUGGAGAUGCGGCCAAGGCCAUCUCUGAGCCAGUGGAGGACCCCCCCGGGGAGGAGCAGCCCCACGGGGACCAGACAGACGACGGGCAUGGGCCCCAGAGUCUCAGGAAGCAGGAACAGAGUCAGCACCUGCGCCUCAUGGUGGGGCUGCUAAGGCCACAAGACGACAUCCGCCUGGCAGCCCAGCUGGAGGCGGCCCGGCCCGCCAGGCUCCGCUACCUGCUGGUAGUUUCCACAAGAGAACGUCUGAGCCAGGAUGAGACAGUCCUUCUGGGCGUGGAUUUCCCUGAUAGCAGCUCCCCCAGCUGCACCCUAGGCCUGGUCUUGCCUCUCUGGAGUGACACCCAGGUGUACCUAGAUGGAGACGGGGGCUUCAGUGUGACAUCUGGUGGGCAGAGUCGAAUCUUCAAGCCAGUCUGCAUCCAGACCAUGUGGGCCACGCUCCAGGUGUUGCACCAGGCAUGUGAGGCGGCUCUAGGCAGUGGUCUUGUGCCAGGGGGCAGUGCCCUCGCCUGGGCCAGCCACUACCAGGACAGACUGAGCUCUGACCAGAGCUGCCUCAACGAGUGGAUGGCCAUGGCUGACCUGGAGUCUCUGCGGCCUCCCAGCAUCGAGCCCGGCCGGCCCUUGGGACAGGAGCAGAUGGAGCAGGCGAUCCGGGCUGAGCUGUGGGAGGUGUUGGACUCCAGUGACCUGGAGAGCAUCACUUCCAAAGAGAUCCGCCAGGCCCUGGAGCUGCGCCUGGGAUGCCCUCUCCAACAAUACCGCGACUUCAUCGACAACCAGAUGCUGCUCCUCAUGGCCCAGCAAGACCGGGCGUCCCGCAUCUUCCCCCACCUCUACCUGGGCUCAGAGUGGAACGCAGCGAACCUGGAGGAGCUGCAGAGAAACAGGGUGAGCCACAUCUUGAACAUGGCCCGCGAGAUUGACAACUUCUACCCCGAGCGCUUCACCUACCACAACGUGCGCCUCUGGGAUGAGGAGUCGGCCCAGCUGCUGCCCCACUGGAAGGAGACGCACCGCUUUGUGGAGGCUGCAAGAGCGCAGGGCACCCGGGUGCUGGUCCACUGCAAGAUGGGCGUCAGCCGCUCGGCCGCCACAGUGAUCGCCUACGCCAUGAAGCAGUACGGCUGGAGCCUGGAGCAGGCUCUGCGCCAUGUGCAGGAGCUGCGGCCCAUCGCCCGCCCCAACCCGGGCUUCCUGCGCCAGCUGCAGACCUACCAGGGCAUCCUGACCGCUAGCCGGCAGAGCCAUGUCUGGGAGCAGAAAGUGGGUGGGGCCUCCCCAGAGGAGCCCCUGGCCCCCGAGGUCUCUACACCGUUCCCACCUCUUCAGCCAGAACCCGGGGGCAGUGGGGAGCUGAAUGUGGUGGGGUUGGAGGAGAGCCAGGCAGCCCCAAAAGAAGAGCCUGGGUCACGGCCCCGUAUCAACCUCCGCGGGGUUAUGAGGUCCAUCAGCCUCCUGGAGCCAUCCUCAGAGCUGGAAAGCACCUCAGGGGACGGUGACCUGCCAGAGGUUUUCUCUCCAAAGGAGUUUUCAGAUGAAGACCCUCCACAGCCCUUCCCUCAGCUCUCAAGCGCCAAGGGAGGCCAGCAGGCCCGCAAGGGGCCUUGGCCUGCCCUGAGGUCCCGCCAGUCUGUGGUUGCCCUCAACAGCGCCGCCCUGGUGGCCAGCCGGACCCGGGCCUUCCAGGAGCAGUGGAAGGCUGGCUGUCUGUCCACACCCAGGCACCAGAAGGUGGUGAGGCAGCCCAGCGUGGAUGACAGUGGCGAGGAGGGCGAGGUGUGAGCCCACACACAUUCCCAUGCCCCCCUAGACACAAACAGAGGCGCCAGGACACAGCUCCUGGGAUGAGCACCCCUCACUCCUGUCGGCCUGUCCACGUUCCUCUUAGCUCCUCCCCAGGAGGCCCCAGACUCCCGUCACUACAGCCUCAGCACCUACAGCCUUAAGUCUCAGACCCAUGUCCACCCGUCCAAGGGCUUAAGAUUUCCUCCACAUUUGGGGAUGUCGUAGAGAGACUGAAGGUGCCUUUGGGGGCAACAGUACCCUAGCUUCAUUCUCACCUGCUGCCUGAAACACACACUUGCAGCCAUGGAAUAAAAAACAGAGUUUCUCAGUGCAGAAAGGCUAAUGCUCCCUCCCUCCCCUACUCCUGUCUGCCUCAUCCCCCCGACCCCAUUUCACUCCUGGGGCUCUGCAGAGAACCAGUGGCCCCCAAAGGCCGAGAGUAACCUCAGUCCCCAGACGUGGGAGUUUCUGAGGAGUGGGGAGCCAGAGCCCUCUGACGGGGCUGGCCAGUCAGCCUCCCUCACACCCCCCAUAAGCAGCCUGAGUCUUCUGCUGCUGCCCCCAGCACCCUUCACCUGCACUGCACUGGAGCACAGGGCACUACGCCAAAGAGUCUUCUUUCUGAGCUUCAUGGCCUCUGGCCAGUUUUUCAUAGUCUUAAUAGUGUCUGGCUUUGUACUUAGAAAGAAAAAACAUUUUCAUAUUGUUUUCAAUUUUAUGAUAAAGCUUGUCGGUCCACUCUU